CCCUCUAUUAAACGCGAAUGACUCUAUGGCGGUUCAUCAAGGUGAAGUUUUCGGUUUUUCAUAUUUUUUCAAUUAAUUAACACAGCACACUUGUCCAGUUUUAGUGACAGCGCAUUUAUUUUUUUGUAAAUAUCUUGUAAUUUAUAAAUUAUAAAGUAAAAUGGCUUUCCCAAUAUCGUUUCAUUCGUUCGCUUUGAAGGGUAGUGUUGGACUUAUCAAACGAACGCUUUCUACAUCUCGUGUGUUGUCUAAUAAACAGAUGACUGUUCGAGAUGCCUUAAAUUCAGCUAUGGAUGAUGAAAUGGAGAGGGAUGAAAGGGUUUUUAUUUUGGGCGAAGAAGUAGCGAUGUACGAUGGAGCCUAUAAAAUUUCUAGAGGUCUUUGGAAAAAAUAUGGUGACAAACGUGUAAUCGAUACCCCAAUUACCGAAAUUGGAUUUGCUGGAAUAGCUGUCGGAGCAGCUAUGGCUGGUUUGCGACCAAUAUGCGAGUUUAUGACUUUCAAUUUUUCUAUGCAAGCAAUUGAUCAAGUCAUUAAUUCGGCAGCAAAGACGUUUUACAUGUCUGCUGGCACGGUGAAUGUUCCGAUUGUAUUUAGAGGUCCAAAUGGAGCAGCCUCUGGUGUUGCUGCUCAACACUCUCAAUGUUUUGGUGCCUGGUAUAGUCAGUGUCCGGGAUUAAAAGUAAUAUCUCCCUACAAUUCCGAAGAUGCCAGAGGAUUAUUGAAAGCAGCUAUCCGUGAUCCUGAUCCAGUUGUAUUUUUAGAAAAUGAGUUAUUAUAUGGAAACCAAUAUCCUAUUACUGAUGAAGUCUUGGACAAGAACUUUGUAUUGCCAAUUGGUAAAGCGAAAAUUGAAAGAAAAGGUGAUCAUAUUACACUUGUCGCACAUUCAAAGGGAGUCGAAUUAGCCCUAGACGCAGCAAAAGAAUUAUCUUCUAUCGGUAUUGAAGCAGAAGUUAUCAAUUUAAGGUCGUUAAGACCGCUUGAUAUAGACACAAUUGUACAAUCUGUAACUAGAACAAAUCAUAUUAUAUCUGUGGAGCAAGGAUGGCCUUAUGCCGGAAUAGGAUCUGAAAUAUCUGCACGUAUUAUGGAAAGUGAAGCCUUCUAUUACUUAGAUGCACCAGUAAUCAGAGUAACAGGUGCAGAUGUACCAAUGCCAUAUACAAAAUCAUUGGAAAUAAUUGCAUUGCCUCAGCCUAAUGAUGUAGUGGCAGCCGCUAAAAAAAUACUCGGAGUGUAAAGUUAUCUCCCAAAAAAAAAAAAACAUUGUAUACAAAAAAAAAAAAUUAUAAAACAAUAAGAUUUAGGUGCAAUAAACCUACUGUUUUUUUGUAAAUGACUAAAACGUAGGUUUGAAAUUCCAUUCGUGUAUUAAACUAUAAGUGUUAACCGUUUUUUGUUGAAGCUUUAUGUUAAAUAAAACUAGAAUAAAUUCUAGGCACUUCAGUGUUCUAUAAUUAAGACUUUUAA